AUGACUACCCCUUUACAAAGUAGUAGUAAAUCUCGAGGUUUACCUGGUCUACCAGCUUUACCAAGCACAGUUAAAGAGCCAUCAGAUCUUUAUCAAAUUGUGUUACGCAACAGUCAGCAUCCACCAUUGAUGAAAGGUACCUCAUGGACAUUAGCUGCACCAUUUAAAGAAGAAAAAUAUCACAGAACUCCAAGUGAAUCAAUAGCUAAUAAUUAUACACCCUCUGCCAGUACACUUAAAUUAAGAGACCUUCCUAAAAUAUAUAGAAAUAAAGCUAAAAGUAAGUUGUUUCUUUUAAGUCCAAGAGGACCAACUGUUAGCCCAUCUAAAAAAAGAAGGAAGGAUGGGUCACCUGAGAGAAAGUCUGAACAAAAGUCUUCAAAUGGGUCAUCUCCUCUACCAGAUAUUGAAGAGUUACCACCCAGUAGACCACUUACACCUACAGAACAGAUAGAUAUUAUGUUACAAGCAGAAACAGAGCUGUUAGAAAAAACUGGUUCAGCUUCUGACAGAGAUUUAGAGAGAUAUUACUACUAUAUUGAGAAAGGAAUUAAUAAGGAAAUGUUGGCACCACCUCAACCAGGGCAAUUAAAAGAAAUAGAAAAUUUAGUUCCACAAGCCUUAUUAGAGAAUCCUGAAUUAGAGGACAUUCAUACUGAAUUAAUAGAAGAAAUACAUGAAGAUCAUAGACAAAGUAUAAGAAAAUCUAUUGUUGAUUAUAUACUGAAAGAUCCUGAAGAAAAGGAGAGAUUAUUUAUUGCCUGGACACCUAAACCAUUUCCACAGAGACUGAUAAGAGCUCCAGUCCCAUGGCAUGAUAUGUAUCAAAGAAUGAAAAGUUAUAACGGAACUUAUUUGUUUAUAACUAAUCCUAUAAUGUUAGCUUUACAAAAUGUUUGGUUUGAUAAGUUUGCUCAUCAGAGAUUUGUCAAUCUAAAAGAAUUACUGAAUGCUGAUUUACCAUUAUUACCCUCAGAAUUUGAAUCUUUAGUUAAAAAACAAUGUUGGGAAGCCCAUGAAGUUUUACGAAAAGAAUGGGUGCCAACGUGUGCCAAGUUGUUCAUUGAUAUGAAAGAUACAUGGGAAUAUUUAGUUCCACAGAAUGAAGUUGAUUCCACUGAACUAGUAGCAGAAUUCUUCUCAUGUGUAGCAGCUUUAAUGUCCAUACAAUUACGAAGUAUGGUUAUUAAUUCACUGGCUGAUUUCUUAGCAUUCUUCCAAAUACAUGAGGCUGGUAAUGAUUUUGGUGAAGAGUUUGAUGAAUUGAAGUUUGUGAUGAAACAAGUCAUGAUUAUAAAACUAAGGGUACAGGAUCCGAAGAUAUUAUUUGAUCCCCUAUUCCGUGAUAUUAGAGAUAUCAUAUUACGAUGUUUUACAGAAAUUAUAGCCAGUGCUGAAGGACUUUCAAGGGUAAGUUUAUUAAGAAAAAUUCCCAUUCCUAUAGAUACAAUGUUUCGUAACAUUUACCUAUCAUGGUCAUAUUUACACUAUUUUGCAAAAAUAUCACAUCCCCUAAAUUUCAAUGAUAAAUUACUACUAUUAGUUGAAUGUGAAUUGUUCCCUGAUAUGAGAAACCAGAAAUUACAUUUAAGAUCUGUUAAACUAGAAGAAACAUUAGUUACUGAUUUUAUUGAUAAAGCUAUGGAAAUAUUUAAAGAUAACACAGUUGGACCUCAGAAAUACCUGAAUACAUACAAGAAAUAUUCUGAUUUAUUAAAUAACAAAGCUGAACAAGAUGUAUCUAGUUUUCUAAAAGAGAGACAUUCUAUUCAAGCUUUUAAACAGAAAAUCAACAGUUUACAAGAUUUAAAGAAUGAAAUAGCUUUAUUAAGAAUAACUGUACCAUUGAGUAUGUUCUGUCUGGAUUGUGUACAAUUAAACCAAGAAUUAUGUCUACGAGCUCAGAAUCUGAGAGAAAAAUUGAUUACAUUUGAAGUGGAUGAAAAUAGAGACUUAAAUAGGGGAAUUUGUCGUCGUUAUGAUGAAAUGACUGAUAAAGUCAGUGAAAUGCCUGAUACAACACAAGAGAUAGUCGAAACUCAGGAAUUCUUGAAAGCUUCUAUGGAAGUAACAGUAUACAAGUUAAAAGAUGAAAUAGAUGAAGCUGCCAAUAGAUUAAUGUUUUUAUUAGAUUAUGCCAUCUUCCCUUUAUUCCACUGGCCAGAACAUAUUCGUACAGUGUUUGAGUUAAAUCAGUCUAGAAUAUUAAAUAAGAGAGAUCAUAUUGAAGAUGAAUUAAGGAAAAAGGUGUCAGUGUUUGAAAAUCGUCUAGCUGAAUAUAUGUCUAAAGUGGAAUCUUACAAGAAGAAAGAGAUAAUGAGUUCAGAUGAAAUGAAGAAUAACUGUGAAAAUUUAAAACAUCUACAUGAAUGUUUGGAGGCUGCUAGAGAUGAAUUACAAGCUAUUAAUGAAGAAGAGAGAUUAUUAGAAUGGGAACAAAGUUCAUUUCCUGAUUUACAACUAAUGUUUACUAUGAAAGAACCGUAUGAAAAACUAUGGACAACUGCUUAUUCUUUUCAUCAGAAACAUGAACUAUGGAUGAACGGAGCUUUCCAAGAAUUAAAUGCUGAAGAUAUAGAAAAUGAAGUUGGUGAUAUGUGGAGAACAAUGUAUAAGUUAACUAAAACAUUUGGUGAUCAGGCUGGCCCUAGACGUAUAGCUGAUAGUGUGAAAGGAAAGAUUGAUAAAUUUAAACAACAUAUGCCUAUAUUACAAACUAUUUGUAAUCCUGGUAUUAGAGAUAGACAUUGGGAUAUGAUGAGUGAUAUUGUUGGUUUUAAUAUUAAACCUGAAGGUGAUAUUUCACUAUCUAAAAUGUUAGAAUAUGGUUUAAAUAAACAUCUUGCUAGAUUAGAGGAAAUCGGUGCUGCAGCAGCUAAAGAAUACUCACUUGAGAAAGCACUAGAAAAGAUGAAAUUUGAAUGGAAAGAUUUAGUAUUUGAUAUGAUUCCAUAUAGAGAUACUGGUGUGAGUAUUUUAUCAUCAGUUGAUGAAAUUCAACUAUUACUAGAUGACCAUAUUGUUAAAGCUCAGACUAUGAGAGGUUCACCAUUUAUUAAACCAUUUGAAGCUGAAAUGAAAGAAUGGGAAGAGAAAUUAGUUUUGAUGCAGGAUAUCAUUGAUGAAUGGUUGAAGUGUCAAGCUACAUGGUUAUAUUUAGAACCUAUCUUUAGUUCAGAAGAUAUUAUGGCUCAGAUGCCUGAAGAAGGUCGUAAAUUUGGUAUAGUUGACAGUUAUUGGAGAGAUAUCAUGACUGAGUCUAUUAAAGAUACUCAUUGUCUGGCUGCUACAGCACAGGCUAAUAUGGUGGGCAGAUUGAGAGAAGCUAAUGUGCUGCUAGAAGAGAUUCAGAAAGGAUUAAAUGCCUAUUUGGAGAAAAAGAGAUUAUACUUUCCAAGAUUUUUCUUCUUGUCUAAUGAUGAGUUAUUAGAAAUACUGUCAGAAACUAAAGAUCCUACACGUGUACAGCCACAUUUAAAGAAAUGUUUUGAAGGUAUACAUAAACUAGAAUUUACUGAACAACAAGAAAUAGUAGGAAUGAUAUCCUCAGAAAAUGAAACUGUACCUUUCAGUACUAAGAUAUAUCCUGCUAAAGCUAAGGGUAUGGUAGAGAAAUGGUUAUUACAAGUAGAAGAUGUUAUGAUGAGUUCUAUAAGAAAAGUUAUAUUAGAAUCAGUAAAAGCCUAUAAAGAAACCCCACGUAAACGUUGGGUUAUAGAAUGGCCAGGACAAGUUACGUUAGCUGUUAGUACUAUUUAUUGGACAUCAGAGGUUACUGAAGCUAUGAAAGAACCUAAUGGCAUGAAUGAAUAUCUACAGAAGAGUAAUAAACAGAUAGAAGAAAUAGUAGAAUUAGUACGUGGUAAAUUAGAAGGUGGAGCUAGAACAUCACUUGGUGCCUUAACUGUAGUUGAUGUCCAUGCUCGAGAUGUGGUAGCCAUUUUAGCCAAGAAUAAGAUCAGAAGUGCCAACGAUUUUGAUUGGUUAGCUCAGUUACGAUAUUAUUGGGAAGAUGAUGUUAUUGUAAGAAUGAUAACUACUGAUAUCAAUUAUGGUUAUGAAUAUCUUGGUAACACUCCUCGCUUGGUCAUUACACCACUUACUGAUAGAUGUUAUAGAACAUUGAUGGGAGCUUUGAAAUUGAAUCUUGGUGGUGCUCCAGAAGGUCCAGCUGGUACUGGUAAAACAGAAACAUGUAAAGAUUUAGCUAAAGCUGUAGCCAAACAGUGUGUGGUAUUUAACUGUUCAGAUGGUUUAGAUUUUAAAGCUAUGGGUAAAUUCUUUAAAGGUUUAGCACAAGCUGGUGCCUGGGCCUGUUUUGAUGAGUUUAAUCGUAUUGAGUUAGAAGUAUUAUCUGUAGUAGCUCAACAGAUCCAUACUAUACAACAGGCUAUAGCUGGCAAGAUGAAGAGAUUUAUAUUUGAAGGAACUGAAUUAUCUCUCAAUCCUACUUGUACUAUGUUUAUUACUAUGAACCCUGGUUAUGCUGGUCGACAAGAAUUACCUGAUAAUCUGAAGGUAUUGUUCCGUACAGUGGCUAUGAUGGUACCAGAUUAUGGUCUAAUUGGUGAAAUUGUCUUAUAUUCUAUGGGUUUUGUUGAUGCUAGGAGUUUAUCUAAUAAGAUUGUAGCUACAUAUAAACUAUGUUCUGAAUUGUUGUCCUCACAACAUCAUUAUGAUUAUGGUAUGAGAGCUGUGAAAUCUGUAUUAACUGCUGCUGGUAACCUCAAAUUGAAAUAUCCAGAACAAGAUGAAGCUGUCUUAUUAUUGAAAGCUAUUAGUGAUGUUAAUUUACCCAAGUUUUUAUCACAGGAUGUUCCAUUAUUUGAAGGAAUUAUAUCAGAUUUAUUCCCUGGUAUAGAAUUACCUUCACCAGAUUACGGUGUGUUUAUGGAAUCACUGAGAGAAAAUAUAGUCAAACGUAAACUUCAAACUGUCCCUUGGUUUGAAGAUAAAAUUAUUCAGAUUUAUGAGAUGAUACUGGUUCGCCAUGGUCUUAUGAUUGUUGGUGAGCCACUCGGUGGAAAGACUCAAGCUUACCAAGCCUUAGCUGAUACUCUAGGUGAUUUGUGUGCGGCUGGUCUUUUCAACGAGUUUAGAGUACAAUAUAGAAUACUCAACCCUAAAGCUAUUACUAUGGGACAGUUGUAUGGCUGUUUUGAUCCUGUUUCUCAUGAAUGGUCGGAUGGUGUUUUGGCUAACACAUUCAGAGAAUAUGCUAGUAAUCCUAAUGAAGAUAGGAAAUGGAUUUUAUUUGAUGGACCUGUAGAUGCUGUGUGGAUUGAAAACAUGAAUACUGUCUUAGAUGAUAAUAAAAAGCUGUGUUUAAUGAGUGGUGAAAUUAUACAGAUGAGUAAUACAAUGAACUUAAUCUUUGAACCAGCAGAUUUAGAACAAGCAUCCCCUGCCACAGUUAGUCGCUGUGGUAUGAUCUAUAUGGAACCUCAUCAGAUGGGCUGGAAACCAUUAAAAGAUUCCUACAUGCAACAUGAGCUGCCUAAAAAUUUGAGUGAAGAGCAUGUAGAAUUGGUCACAGAUCUCUUUGAAUGGCUGAUAGAUCCAUGUCUAGAAUUUAUACGUACAAAAUGUAAAACAUUGAUCAACACAUCAAACAUGCAUUUAGUUCAGUCUCAUAUGCGUCUGUAUACAUGUUUAAUGGAUGAAAUUAUAGCAGCCAUCAAUCAAAAGACUGAAGAGGGAGAGGAAGGAGGUGAAGGUCAUUCAGAAGCUCUGAGCAGUCAACAGAUAUUUCUGUGGUUACAAGGGUUAUUUAUCUUCUCAUUGAUCUGGACUAUCGGAGCUACUAUAACUGGUGAAAGUAGAAAACAGUUUGAUGUAUUUUUCCGUAAUUUGAUUGGUGGAACUAAUGCUGAUCAUCCAAAACCCAAGAGUAUCAAAUUAACAAAGAGUAACUCUAUACCAGAAAAGGGAAGUAUUUAUGACUAUUGUUUUGAGAAGAAAUCAAGUGGAACUUGGACAGAUUGGAUGGAUACUGUACCUAAAGGUUCUAUGGGUAUUGCUGCUAAUGCUAAAGUCAGUGAUUUGAUUAUCACCACUAUGGAAACAUUAAGACAGACUUAUUUUCUACAGACCUAUUUAUCACAUGAAGUGCCUAUUUUAUUUGUUGGUCCUACUGGUACUGGUAAAUCAGCUAUAACUAACAACCAUUUACUCAAAUUACCAAAAGAUUUGUAUGUACCAAACUGUAUCAAUUUCUCAGCUCGUACGUCUGCUAAUCAAACACAAGAUAUAGUCAUGUCAAAAUUAGAUAGGAGAAGGAAGGGUGUUUAUGGUCCUCCCAUGGGUAAGAAAUCAGUGGUAUUUGUGGAUGAUUUAAAUAUGCCAGCUAAAGAGAAAUAUGGAGCCCAACCUCCAAUAGAAUUAUUAAGACAGUGGAUAGAUCAUGGACAUUGGUAUGAUAGAAAAGAUACAUCAAAGGUUUUCCUUACUGAUGUGAUAUUUGUAUCAGCUAUGGGUCCACCAGGUGGCGGUAGAAAUGAUAUUACUGGUAGAUUUACUCGUCAUUUAAAUAUUCUAUCUAUUGAUGAGUUUGAUGAUGCGACUAUGACUCGUAUCUUUACUACUAUUACUGACUGGCAUUUCGCACGAGGUUUUGAUCCUGCUUUUACUAAAAAUGGAAAGUUAUUAGUACAAGCUACAAUGGCUGUUUAUAAAGAAGCUGUAGAGAAGUUUCUACCAACACCAAGUAAAAGUCACUAUGUAUUUAAUUUACGUGAUUUCUCACGUGUAAUACGAGGUGUACUGUUGGUACCGUCAACUAAUCUGACUGAAAUGGAGAAACUAGUUAGAUUAUGGAUACAUGAAGUAUAUAGAGUGUUCUAUGAUAGAUUGAUAGAUGAUGAAGAUAGGCUAACAUUCUUCAAUAUGGUGAAAGAGAUGUGUCAGACUCAUUUUAAGUUAAGCAUAGAUAAAGUACUCGGUCAUUUAUCAAAAAGUGGUAAUGUUGUAGAUGACAAUAUUAGAAGUUUAUUUUUUGGUGAUUAUAUGAAUGCUGAGACUAAAAUCUAUGAUGAAGUUAUUGACUUGAAAGAGUUGACUUCAAUGAUAGAACACUAUCUAGAAGAAUAUAAUACUAUGAGUAAAGCACCAAUGAGAUUAGUAAUGUUUAAGUUUGCUAUAGAACAUGUAUCUAGAGUUAGUCGUGUAUUAAAACAAGAUAAUGGACAUGCUCUCUUAGUUGGUAUUGGAGGCAGUGGUAGACAGAGUGCUGCUAAAUUAGCAUCAUUUAUGGCCGAUUAUGAUUUGUUCCAAAUUGAAAUUACCAAGAAUUAUUCUGUCAGUGAUUGGAGAGAAGAUCUGAAAAAGCUAUUGAUAAAAGCUGGUACAGAAGGAAAACCAACAGUAUUUUUAUUCUCUGAUAAUCAAAUUAAAGAUGAAUCAUUUAUGGAAGAUAUUAGUAUGAUAUUAAAUACUGGAGAUGUACCCAAUAUCUUUGCUGCUGAUGAGAAGGCUGAAAUUAUUGAAAAAAUGCAGAACGUUGCUCGAAAUGAGGCUAAAAAGAUAGAUGCUACGCCAUUAGCUAUGUAUAACUUUUUCAUUGAGCGGGUCAAACAGAAUUUACAUAUAGUAUUAGCUAUGAGUCCUAUUGGUGAUGCCUUCAGAAACAGAUUGAGAAUGUUUCCAUCUCUGAUUAACUGCUGUACUAUAGAUUGGUUCCAGGCCUGGCCAGAAGAUGCCUUGGAAAUGGUAGCUAAUAAAUUUUUAGAAGAUGUAGAAUUAGAAGACAAUGUUAGAAUUGAAACAGUUGUAAUGGUCAGAUAUUUCCAUGAAAGUGUUAGAAGACUUUCAGAAAGGUAUAUGGAUAUGUUAAGAAGACAUAAUUAUGUAACACCAACAUCAUAUUUAGAAUUAAUUAUGACCUUUAAAAAUCUCCUGGGUAAAAAACAAAAUGAGAUUACCACCAUGAAAAAUAGAUAUAUAACUGGUCUAGAGAAAUUAGAGUUUGCUGCAUCCCAAGUUUCUAUUAUGCAACAAGAAUUAACAGAUUUACAACCAGAACUGAUUAAAACAUCAGCAGACACAGAAAAAUUAAUGAUAAAAAUAGAACAGGAUACUGUAGAAGUGGAGGCCAAGAAAGAGGUCGUAGCAGCUGAUGAAGCAGUAGCCAAUGAAGCAGCUGCAGAAGCUCAAGCUAUUAAAGAUGAAUGUGAGGGUGAUUUAGCUGAAGCUAUACCAGCUCUUGAAGCUGCUAUUUCUGCCUUGAAUACUCUCAAACCUGCUGAUAUUACUAUGGUCAAAUCUAUGAAGAAUCCACCUGCCGCAGUGAAACUGGUAAUGGAGUCAAUUUGUGUGAUGUUAGCUAUAAAAUCAGAACGUAAACCAGACCCAGGAGGAUCUGGUAAAAUGAUUGAAGAUUUCUGGGGACCAUCUCAGAAGUUAUUGGGUGAUCUGAAAUUCUUAGAUCGUCUGAAAUCUUAUGAUAAAGAUAACAUACCUCCACCAAUUAUCAAAAAGAUCAGAGAAAAAUAUUCAUCCAAUCCUGAAUUUGAACCUAACCUUAUUAAGAAUGCCUCAACAGCUUGUGAAGGUUUAUGUCGAUGGGUUAGAGCAAUGGAUAUUUAUGAUAAAGUAGCUAAAGUUGUAGCUCCCAAGAAAGCUAAAUUAGCUGGAGCUGAAUCUGAAUUAGCAGUACAGAUGGAGAAGCUAAAUGAAAAGAGAGGUCAACUUCAAGCUGUGACAGAUAAAUUACAAGCUCUAAAUGAUGAGUUUGAAGCUAUGACACAGAAGAAGAAAGAAUUAGAAGAUAAUAUAGAUCUAUGUAGUAAGAAAUUAGAUCGAGCUGAGAAAUUAAUUGGUGGUUUAGGUGGUGAGAAAGAUAGAUGGACUGAAGCUGCUAAAGUUCUAGGUAUAAAGUAUGUAAAUACAACUGGAGAUGUCUUAUUAUCAGCUGGUGUGGUAGCGUAUCUUGGUGCCUUUACAGUUGACUUUAGACAGGAUAUUUUGAAAGAAUGGCAUCAACUGUGUAUCGAGAGGGAGAUACCAUGUUCUAGUGUGUUCUCUCUGAAUGCUACAUUAGGUGAACCUGUAAAGAUUCGAGCAUGGAAUAUAGCAGGUCUACCAGUUGAUUCUUUCAGUGUAGAUAAUGGUAUUAUUGUAUCAAACUCAAGAAGAUGGCCACUCAUGAUUGAUCCACAAGGUCAAGCUAAUAAAUGGGUAAAGAAUAUGGAGAAAGAGAAUAAACUAGGUAUAAUCAAACUAUCUGAUGCUAACUAUAUGAGGACUAUGGAGAAUGCUAUACAGUUUGGAACACCAGUAUUGUUAGAAAAUGUAGCAGAAGAGUUAGAUCCUAUAUUAGAACCAAUCUUACAGAAACAGACAUUUAAACAACAAGGUGUUGAAUAUAUCAGACUAGGUGACAGUGUUAUAGAAUAUUCUGAAGAUUUUAAACUCUAUAUUACUACUAGAUUACGUAAUCCACAUUACUUACCAGAAAUUUCUGUUAAGGUGGCAUUAUUGAACUUCAUGAUCACACCAUUAGGAUUAGAAGAUCAGUUACUAGGUAUUGUAGCAGCUAAAGAGAAACCUGAAUUAGAAGAAAAGAAAAAUCAACUGAUUAUUGAGAGUGCUGCUAAUAAAAAACAAUUAAAAGAAAUUGAAGAUAAGAUUCUAGAAGUUUUAUCUUCCUCACAGGGUAACAUUCUAGAAGAUGAAACAGCCAUUAAGGUUCUUUCAUCAUCUAAGACAUUAUCAGAAGAGAUUUCAGCUAAACAAGAAAUAGCUGCAGCAACUGAAAUAGAGAUAGAUGAAACUAGAAAUGGUUAUAAACCUGUAGCUGUACAUUCCUCUAUAUUAUUUUUCUGUAUAUCUGAUCUAGCUAAUAUUGAACCUAUGUACCAAUAUUCUUUAACAUGGUUUAUCAACCUCUAUCUACAGUCUAUAAUCAACAGUGUACCAAGUGAUAAUUUAGAAGAGAGAAUAUUUAACCUCAAUGAUCAUUUUACUAACAGUAUUUAUCGUAAUGUGUGCCGCUCAUUAUUUGAGAAAGAUAAACUACUGUUCUCUUUUGUACUGUGUUAUGGUAUUAUGAAAGGACAAGGUAAAAUAGAUGAAGAAGUAUGGAGAUUUCUACUAACUGGUGGUAUAGCACUGGAUAAUCCUUAUCCUAAUCCAUGUCCUGAAUGGCUGACUGAGAAAUCUUGGUCAGAAAUAGUUAGAGCUAGUGAUCUGAAGAAGUUGAAAGGUUACAAAGAACAUUUCCAAGAAAAUACAGCUAAGUGGAGACAACUCUAUGAUUCCUCUUCACCGCAUGAUUAUAAAUUACCUAGUCCAUUUGAUGCCAUUACUGGGAUGGGUAAAAUGGUGAUAUUGAGAACAUUACGGCCAGAUAAAAUAGUCCCAGCUGUCCAGACAUUUAUUGUGGAUAAUCUAGGACAGUCGUUUAUUGAACCACCAACUUUUGAUCUACCAGGAUCAUUUGCUGAUUCUAAUUGUUGUGCUCCGUUGAUAUUUAUAUUGUCACCUGGUGCAGAUCCUAUGGCAGCCUUGUUGAAGUUUGGACAAGACAUGGGUUAUUCUGGACAACGCAUUCAAACUAUAUCAUUAGGUCAAGGACAGGGUCCUAUUGCUGCUAAAAUGAUAGAGAAUGCUAUUAAAGAUGGUUCAUGGGUAGUAUUACAGAAUUGCCAUCUAGCUACUAGCUGGAUGCCAAAACUCGAGAAGAUUUGUGAAGAAGUUAUUACGCCAGAGAAUACCAAUAAAGAUUUCCGACUCUGGCUAACUAGUUAUCCCUCAGAUGAGUUUCCUGUUUCUAUCUUACAAAAUGGUGUGAAAAUGACUAACGAACCACCAAAAGGAUUGAGAGCUAAUUUAUUAAGAUCAUAUCUCAAUGAUCCUAUAUCUGAUCCUGCUUUCUUUGAUGGCUGUAAUAAGCCUGAGAGGUGGCAUAAGAUGUUAUUUGGUCUAUGUUUUUUCCAUGCUAUGGUACAAGAAAGACGUAAAUUUGGUCCAUUAGGAUGGAAUAUACCAUAUGAAUUUAAUGAAUCUGAUUUACGUAUUAGUAUGAGACAAAUAUUGAUGUUUUUAAAUGAUUAUGAAGAAUUACCAUUACCAGCUGUAACGUAUUUAACUGGUGAAUGUAAUUAUGGUGGUCGUGUUACUGAUGAUAAAGAUAGAAGACUAUUAAUGUCAUUAUUAUCUAUAUUUUAUACUGAAGAGAUUAUAACUACUGAGGGAUACAAAUUUUCUCCAACUGGAAUAUACUAUGCACCUCCAGAAGGGCCUUAUAAUAAUUAUAUAGAGUAUAUACGUACAUUACCUUUAAUACAAAAUCCUGAAGUGUUUGGUUUACAUGAGAAUGCUGAUGUUACUAAAGAUAAUCAAGAAACACAAACAUUAUUUGAUAGUAUACUACUAACGUUACCACGACAAUCUGGUGGUGGUGGUAAAUCAUCAGGGGAGGUUAUUCAAGAUUUAGCAGCUGAUAUCUUGAGUAAAUUGCCCAGUGAUUUUGACAUUCCUUAUGUUAUAAAGAAAUAUCCAGUAAUGUAUUCUGAGUCAAUAAAUACUGUUUUACGUCAAGAAUUAAUCCGAUUUAACAGAUUAACUUCAGUUGUCAGAUCAUCGUUACAAAAUCUAUGUAAAGCUAUCAAAGGUUUGGUGGUUAUGUCUAGUGAAUUAGAAGAGAUAUUUAACAGUAUGUUGGUUGGUAAAUUACCUGCUGUAUGGGCUGCCAAAUCUUAUCCUUCAUUAAAACCACUUGGUAGUUACGUUACAGAUCUAUUGCAACGAUUGAAGUUUUUUGAUGAUUGGAUUAAAAAUGGUAUGCCUGUCACUUUCUGGUUAUCUGGAUUCUAUUUCACUCAAUCUUUCCUCACUGGUGUAUCACAAAACUUUGCCAGAAAAACCAAGAUACCAGUAGAUUUAGUAGGAUUUGAGUUCGAAGUGACUAAAGAAGAGAAAGAAAUGACAGUGAAGCCUGAAAAUGGAGCUUUUGUUUAUGGAUUGUUUUUAGAAGGCGCCAGAUGGGAUAGAGAAAAAAUGGUUAUUGGUGAAUCUAAACCUAAAAUACUAUUUGAUACUAUACCUGUCAUUUUAUUGAAACCUAAUAAAACUGACCAGUUUACCAAUAUACCAAGUUAUGACUGUCCAGUUUAUAAAACUAGCGCUAGAAGAGGAACAUUGUCCACUACUGGUCACUCAACAAACUUUGUUAUGUAUAUAAAACUACCUUCAGAUAAACCUCAAUCUCAUUGGAUCAAUAGAGGAGUUGCUGCCCUUUGUCAAUUAGAUGAUUAGUUUACCAUUUCCUUCCCCAACCAAUCAGCUGCAGAAAUUCUAGAAAGUUUAUGUAUUUCAGAAGUUCCAAGAAAUGGUGAUCAUUUUUGACAUAAAACCACUUUCAGCUAUAAAAUGUCAAAAAUGUGAAAUAUUUGUGGUUUUUCUGCUGAUAACAUGCCUGUUUUUGUGUGUAUAUUUAUCCCAAACUGUAUAAAUAUAUCUAGUUUGCUGUGCCAAUAUGUAUAUUUUGUGAAAUAUUAUGCUUUAUUUUUGGCUGAGAAUAUCAAAAUGCAUGUAAACCUUUGGGAAUCUGUGAUGCCAAAAAUAUCUGAAAAAUAUAAUGCAAUAAACAAUCUUUUUUUGUAUUCCACUCAUCAUGGCCCUUUUGCCAUUUGUUAUUAAAUUAUUUUUUGACCAGAGCCAGCAUUACUUUAUUUUACUAACUGUCCUCCAUUCUAUUUGACCAAGUAUAAAUAAAUUUUAUUUAUCAAUCCUUGGUAACGUGAAUUAUUUUAUAUGAAGAUGUGCGAUUUAUUGCGAAUUUGGUUUUCAAAUUUAUCUCAAAUUCAUUUGUUUGCUGGAUUUCCUGAUGAACUGUCCAGCUUGCAAAAGUUUCACAAUUUCACCCAGAAACAUUUGUCUCGUAACCAGGUUAAUGUAAUAUAUUUACAUAUAUCAUAAUCUAGUAUGAUUUGUUUGUUUUUAAUAUUAUUUUAUUGUUUAUAAUAAUAUCCAUAUAAUUAGUCUGUGAUAAUUAACUAAAUGUGUUAGAUCAUUGUGUAAUAAAUUCAGACCUUUGUCUGCAACUGC